GUUAACCCAAUUUGGGUUAAGUUUAGAAGUAGCAUUGGUUAGGAUAAAAAUCGAAGAAAUAACUGUCGGUGAAACGGAUGAAUCCGAAGUGAAAGAAUGCAAUCUCAUAAAUUCAAUCGUAUUAGGUGACGAUUCGUGCGUAUCACCACCGUCUAAACCAAAUAAACUUUUUGGAUAUUAUCAUGCUUAUAGGCCUAAUAGUAAACUGGGAAAAGAUUUUAAUAUCAGCUCAUCAAUCGAUUACAUAUACUAUGUUUCAUAUGGCCCAAAUGACCUUGUUAAUAAUAAUAAUGAUGGUGGUGGUCCAAGUGCACUUUUUAGCGCAUCUAAAUUUAACGAUCUGUUAAAUUAUAAAAAUAGUCAUCCACAACUAAAGAUUGACAUUGAUUAUCCAGUGAAGUUUCAAUGCAAUCCUUUCAUAGGAUCCAAUUUUUCAGUUUUCAUAAAUAGCAUAGCAUCACGAUUAACACUUCAAACAGGUAGUAAUAAUAAGAUGUUAACGAUUACGGCAGGCCAAUAUCCUAUAAAUAUGAGCUUCAAUAACAUUAGUUUUGUAAAUAUUAAGGCAUUUGGUCUUAAUAUAGAUACCGGAAACAUCAGUGCUGGAAUAGAACAAAUUAAGACAAUCUGGAAUAAUUGGAAUUCUGCUGGUUUAGAUGAUUCAAAAUUUGUUUUAGCUGUUGAAUUUGGUGGCAUAGCCGAAAUUGUUUCUUCUAGCAAUAUUAGGUCAGAUAUUGAUAAUCAACAACUUCACUUAGUAAAUGGCUCAAGUUCAGAUUUUAAAUACCCUUUUCCUAAUGAACCGAUUCAAGAUCAAUGUUACUCUGCACCAUAUGUAUAUUGGUCAUGGACAAAUUUAAGUGGUUUAUUAUCACAAUCAUCAUCAUGUCCUACAAAUCUAACUCCAUUGUCACCACGAUUAUAUGCCAAAACCGACUUUGUAAAUAGUAAUGGUCUAGCAGGGAUUGCGAUUGCCGAUAUCACCAAAGAUUCGAACGAUUUACGAUUGACAAACUUCAUUUCGGGAAUUCUACCACCUAGUCUGUCUAAUGGAGUACCUUUGUCUACAUUUGGAUCUACGCCAUCUCAGCCAUCGUCAAAUAAUACAGGUGCAAUAGUGGGCGGUGUAAUAGGCUCCUUUAUUUUUGUUAGCGUAAUAGCGGUAGCCGGCUUUAUGUUGUAUCGAAAACACAGAGCAAAAAUGUCUGAUCCACUCAUAGAUACAAAUAAUCAGACUUGCUCCGAUACAAAUCGUCAGGAUUACUCUGAUAUAAAGCACCAAGUUCGUCCAGAUACACAUAAUCGGAUUUACUCAGAUACAAAUCAUCAAACUUUCUAA